AUGCAUUUGACGUCCUUCCUUACUUCUUGCGCGCUGGUCGCGGGCCUGAGUGCUGCGUCACUGGAUAUCCCCGCGGUUGACCACGUCGUGAGUGAAGCUCUGAGCGAGUAUGCGGCCUACACGGCGUAUCAUGGCCCAACCGGCUCUGCCGCGGCAUCAGCCAAGGCGACGCCUGCGACGAAGAACCAUGCUGUUAUGGCUGGUGUCUCGGACCCGUCGUACUGGCUCGCCGAUAUCAAACACCAGGGCUACGCGCCGUACGCCCCUUCUGCCGACAGCUAUGUAGUUUUCCGCAAUGUCAAGGACUAUGGCGCAGCAGGCGAUGGUGUGACUGAUGACACCGCGGCUAUCAACAAGGCCAUCAGCGAUGGCGGCCGGAACGGGCCGUCGAGCGGCGAGACCACGACCACCACUCCGGCCAUUGUGUACUUCCCGGCUGGAACUUACUUGAUUUCGUCGUCCAUCAUUGACUAUUAUUACACCCAACUGAUUGGCAACCCCAAUUCUCCUGCAGUCAUUAAGGCGACAUCCGGCUUCACCGGCCUUGGCCUGAUCGAUGGUGACCAGUACCAGAGCAAUGGCAACCAGGGCUGGGGUUCGACCAACGUGUUCUUCCGUCAGAUCAGGAACCUCGUUCUUGACUUGACCGACAUCCCAGCGAGCUCUGCGGCGACUGGGAUUCACUGGCCCACGGCGCAAGCGACCAGCAUCCAGAAUGUCGUGAUUCAUAUGGCUGAGGGCUCUGGCACGCAACACCAGGGUAUCUUCAUUGAGAACGGAUCGGGUGGCUUUCUCUCCGAUAUCGUAACCACCGGCGGUUUGUACGGUCUCAACCUCGGCAACCAGCAGUUUACGACGCGCAACCUGACCAUUUCGAACGCGGUCACCGGCAUUUCCCAGAUCUGGGACUGGGGCUGGACAUACCAAGGACUCCAGAUCUCUAACACCACGACUGCGAUUGACAUUAGCAAUGGUGGCUCAGGCGCCCAGAAUGUCGGGUCGGUUAACAUCAUUGACAGCUCUAUCUCCGACAGCCACGUCUUCGUCACCACGGCGUGGACAACUAGCUCCAAGCCUGCUGCUGCUGGCAGCUUGAUUCUGGAAAACAUUUCUCUGAACAAUGUUCCGGUGGCUGUGAACGGUACUAGUGGAACAAUUCUGGAGGGAUCUUCGGGUUCGACCACCAUCAGUGGCUGGGGCCAGGGUCACAAGUAUACCCCGACGGGACCAACUACCUUCCAGGGCACCUUUACUCCGGCAAAGAGGCCAACUGGUCUCGUCACGGGUAGCUCGUCCAACUACUAUACGAAGAGCAAACCCCAGUAUGAGGCCACUCCUACCAGUUCCAUCGUCAGCAUCCGGAGUGCCGGUGCCAAAGGUGACGGCACGACAGACGACACGCAGGCCAUUCAAUCCGCCAUCACUUCCGCAGCGUCGUCGGGUCAGAUUGUCUUCUUUGACUACGGUAUUUACAAAGUCUCCAACACCAUCUACAUCCCGCCUGGAUCCAAGAUUGUUGGUGAAUCGUAUCCCAUCAUUCUGGCGAGCGGAAGCCUGUGGUCGAACAUUAACUCGCCGCAGCCGGUCGUUCAGGUCGGCAAGAGCGGUGAUCAGGGCGAUGUCGAGUGGACGGACAUGAUCGUCAGCACUCAGGGUUCUGCCCCUGGCGCCGUGCUAAUUGAGUACAACCUUGCUGCCUCGUCUGGAUCGGGCCUGUGGGAUGUCCAUGCCCGCAUCGGAGGCUUCACGGGGUCUGAUUUGCAAGUGUCUCAAUGCCCAACAACGGCGGCAGUUUCCACCCAGUGUGAGGCUGGCUAUCUGAGCUUCCACAUCACCAAGUCCGCGAGCAACGUGUAUCUCGAGAACGUUUGGCUGUGGACUGCCGACCACGACAUCGAUAGUCCAAACAACACCCAGAUCUCCAUCUACACGGGCCGUGGACUGCUUGUUGAGGGCAGCAACAUUUGGCUGUACGGAACGGCGGUUGAGCAUCAUUCUCUGUAUCAGUAUCAAUUUGCCAACGCUCAGAACGUGGUGGCGGGCUUCAUCCAGACCGAAACUCCAUACUACCAGCCCAACCCCGACGUGACAAAGAGCCCUUACUACACCACCAACUCCACCCUGAAUGAUCCGAACUACAGCUCGUGCUUGUCCGGGAACUGCGACGCCCUGGGUCUCCGCGUGUACAACAGCCAGAACCUGAUCUUCUACGGGGCGGGUCUCUACAGUUUCUUCAACGAUUACAGCACGACGUGUUCCAAAUUUGGGGGUCCAGAGAACUGCCAGAGCGAGAUCUUCAGCAUUGAAGGCAACAGCACGAGUGGUCUUUGGGUCUACAACUUGAAUACCAUCGGCAGCCAGAGCCAGGUUGUCAUCAACGGCAAGAGCCAGGCGAGCUACAGUGACAAUGUCAACGUCUUCCCGGACACGAUCGCCUACUUUACCUAUAAUGUAUGA